AUGCCUUGCGCUGCUUCAUAUUCUUUCGUCUUCCACAUCACCACCGAUUCUGCAGCUGGCACGGCGUCCAGCAACGCACCAGAAGCUGAGUCCAUUUGGAACAUACGGACGCGCAAGGGCAGUGUUAUAGCACUAGAGCACUUGCUAAAUGCGAUCUAUAUCCAUGCUAGCAUGAAGUUGGCUUGCAAUCCACUCCUAUUGUUCAAAUCAGGAUAUUACUCCCAUUCCAUGUCUCCAGCCCUCCCACCCUCUUCACUUCCUACCACGCCUCCUUCGCGAAGCUCUUGCAUCCAUCAAGAUCGCGUCCACGCCGCCAUCAUCACCCAUUACGCCUCUUCACGGAUGGAACGUCGCGCCUCACCCCAAACAUCAGCCAGCUCCAGUCGCUAA